GGAAGCAGCACUGUGCAUUUUGCUGUUUUCAGUACCUUAUUGAAAACAAACACAGAAAGGCUUAGACUUUAAAACGCUUCUUAAUUUAAACAGUUCACUGUGAAACAACGAUGCCGGCGGCACAGGAAUCACACGGCAUCAACAGAGCUGUAGACAAAAUCUGCAGCUUGCCUCCAUAUGUGUUAUCUGAAACAUCUCAGCACAUUCUGACAUAUCUUCAAGGCCAAACUUCUUUUUCUUUUUUAUAUUCUAUUUCACAGAGACUUCAGAGGGCAGGGGUAACAAUUGAUCAUGAAGCUGUCCAGGGUAUCACCAGAUUUCUUCUGUUGACAUUCAGGUCAGCUGGAAAGAACAACUUUUCUGCAGACGAACUUGUGUCCAAACUGGAGGAAGGCAGCAGCAAAUGGUCGAAAGCUUCUCUUCAGAUCUUGCACACGUUGUGGAGUGAACACGGUGCCUCGGUCCGUGCUCAGCAGGAGGUACAGUCCAUGCUCAGCAUUGGUCAGCUUGUGGAUAUGCAGUGGAAGCUGGGGAUGGCGGUGAGUUCAGACACAUGCCGGUCUCUAAACUCCCCGUAUGUGUCUCUGCUGCUGAAGAUUGUCGAGCCCUCUGGACAGAUCUGCCAGAGGGCUUUCGAGAUGACUAUUCCACAGUUCCAGAAUUUUCACAAGCAGUUCAAGGAGAUGGCAGCGAUUAUGGAGACUGUGUGAUGGCGAGAAUGUCAAAGUGUGCAAUUAGUACCAGUUUAUAUAAAAGUGAAAGAAGGAACAGUUUGACAUCCUUGUCUUUUCUUUUUUUUUCUUGCCAGGUGUCUUAAAAUGUCGACGUGACUUACUGUAAAUGUCAGCUCUCAGCUUGUCUCUUUCUGCAGGUUGUAUAAGCUCUUGCGUGAUGCAUUUGAAGCCCUUUACGAUAAGAGCAGCUGAAAAAGGCAGCCUUUAGGGUUACGUAAUUUAUUCUAUUGCUUCUUCUGCAAAACACUGAGUGGUUUACUUAGUUUUGCAACAUCUGUUAUGUGUCCAUAGUGUGAGUGGUUUAUGACUAAUAUAUUUUUAUUUGUGCACUCCAGGCCAUAAAUAUCAAUUUUUGAAUUUCUAUUAAAGUUAAAUGACUGUUAUGUCAUUUUAUGUAUACUUUUUCUGUCAGUUUUGAUACCUUCAUUAAAAUUUUCUAUGUAACCCAUUAUGCACUUUACAAAUAAUAAAGUGGUUGUUUCAUUUAGUUUUUACAUGUAUUUUUUUUAUUCUACUGCAUUUUCCGAAUAUUGGCAGAAGUUGUAAUUCCCAUCCUGUUUUUCUCUUUAAAUAAAAAUACAUUCCCCUGUUUGGAAAUA